GAAAAGACCUCUAAUGACACAAGUGUUCUGUGAUUGGCACAUAACCAACAAACUUCAAACUUCUGAUUUGGUUUUAUUUAUUUAUUUAUUAAACAACACUACAUAUUAUUUAGAAAUGUUUAAUUAUCUUUUAUCAAUAACAACUUGUAAAUGAUAAGAUAAUAUACAAACGCAACACGCAACGUAUCUUAAUACAUAUUUAGUGAACUUAAAACUGUAUAAUUGAUUCGUCGAAAUGGGAAUAAAAGGGUUAACAACUUUCGUAAAAAAUAAAUCGGAGCAGUGUAUGGAAACCUACGAAUUACAUAAUACGAGCGUAGUAAUAGAUGGAGACGCAGUCCUUUGCCAACUAUACUUGGCUCAUACUAUUCCAAGAAAUGGAUGUUUCGGUGGCGAUUAUGAUAAAUAUGGUAACACAAUUUACAAGUUUUUUCACAUGCUUUUCCAAUGUAAAGUCAAGCCAUAUAUAAUACUUGAUGGAGGAUAUGAAAGCCGCAAAAUGGAAAGAAUUUUCGAGCGGUUCAAGGGUAGAAUAGAUCAAGUGGAAUAUUUGAAUGCCAGAACAGAGUCGAGAAAUAAUACUACUCCCCUUUUUAUUAGAGAAGCUUUUGAAGAUAUCGCUUUGAAACUUGGCAUAAAACUAAUAAGAUGCGACUUUGAAGGUGACAGAGAAACAGCUAAUAUUGCUAAAGCUUUGAAAUGUCCAGUGAUGAGCAAUGACUCAGAUUUUUAUAUUUAUGAUAUUCCAUAUAUCCCUUUCCAGAGUGUUACUAUGAGUGUUAAGACAGGUUCUUCUGUAAAUUCAGAUACCCAAGAAACUACUAAUUAUAAGUACAUUCCUUGUGAAAUUUAUAGAAUUGAUAAGUUUUUAAGUUGUGUUGGUGAUAUGAACAAGGACAAUUUGCCCUUAUUUGCAGCUUUGGUGGGCAAUGACUUCAUGGAUGGAAUUGAACUCUCAAAAUUGGGUAUAAAAUCCAAAAGUGAACAUUUUCUCCAAAGAAUUGAAUCUAUAAUAGAAUGGUUACAAACAGAGACUAAAGAAACAGCUAUUCAAAAAGUGUUAAAUAUUUAUGACAGUGAAGAACGUGACUCUGUACUAAAAAAAAUUGAGGAUGCCAUAAAUGGUUAUAGUUUUAGAGACAGUAAAUAUUUAAAAUAUCUAACAGAUGAAUCUGUAGAUGAUUCUAUUGAUUCAGAAAAUGAGGAAGAUGACUACAACAGUUAUGAAAAGUUAACUUCCUCUUUUCCCAAACCUUUUAUUGAAAAUUUUAGAAAAUCUUUGUAUCCUACCAGAUUUCUUGAUAUUUUAACUCAAAAUAAAUAUUAUAAUUUUAAGCCUCAAGUUGAAGUAAGAGAGUAUGAGCAAGCGCAUGAUGUCAGCUUUGAUAUAAUGUCAGCUGUUCACAAAAUUUUAACAGGUUCAUCAGAAAAUUUAACUUGUCUGAUAAGAUCAAAAAGUGAAGCCACAGAAAUAAAAUUGCCUUUGUGUAAUCUUGAGCUACCCUCAUAUGUAGAAAUCCAAACAAUGGAUCUGCAAACUAGGAAAAGACUCAUUCUUACCAUUUUAGAUAUAGAAGAGAGUUUUAUUACAAAUUCAUUAAGGUGUUUUCCUGAAUCCUGGCAUUUGCUUGUCCUCACACUGAAAUAUAUGACACAAAAAUCAACUAUUGUACCACCAAUUACAUAUUCUAUAAUUUUAUGUAAAUUAGUAAUAGAUUUUAUAGAUCCUAAAGUUGGUUUCUACCGAGCAACAGAUGUAUUUAAUAGGCAGUUUUAUUCAAAAUUAAAGGAUAUUUUAUCAAAUAGAAAAAUUUUGUCUCCUAAUUCAAAAACUUUAAAAUCAGCUCUAGACAGCAUUACAUAUGAGGAUGCAUUGAUAGCUCUGAGUCGGCUAAUAGCUUUUUUUGAGUUUAAUAGACACUUAAAAAAAGAUGUAAGGUUAUAUGACAGAAAAUUAAUGCAUUGCUUAUCCCAAUUUCAAAGUUGUCUUUUGCAUGUAAAAUGUUUAAACCAACUUUUUAACAUGCCAUAUCACGAUUUUUUCAUAACUGAAUGCUACAAUGGUACUUUUGUAUACAAUAUGACCUAUAAUUUAAGGAAAAGAGAAGAAUUGGACGAUUAUUUGAGGUAUUUGUUGCAUAAAGCUCCUCUCAUACUUAAUUGUUUUGAAAUAGUUAUCAAGCUAAUAAAAGAAGAAGAUUUGUAAAAUGUUUACUUAUAAAUAAAUUUUAUAUUAUUUUU